CACACACUGAUUUCCUGUUUGCUGAGCCAUCCCUCCAUUUCACAUUCUGCAUGAAAUUACAGUCCAUAGAUUAGAAACAGACCCAAAGAUAUAUCUCUAAUACUUGGUGGUCUGUUUUAUCCCACCCUCCCCUUCUAAUGCUUUUCCAGUAAUUCAGGCCAUUUGGAUUUCUUUCAGACUGGAAGACUACACUUGAAAGAGUCUGUCUGAAGAGGAUAUUGCUGUGGAAGGGCCAUCUUAUCACAUGGAAAUGAAAUACCAUGUUCAGGAGAAGGGCCCCAGAAUUUUUUCAGCAGAGAACAGCAAAGAUGGUAAGAACUAUGGAAACAUUAAUCAUAGCUUGUCUCUUAAUGAACACAAGCCAACGCAUUUGGAGAGUCAGUUCAGUUGUGACAAAUGCCUUGAACAGACUGAAAUAAGUCAUCCUGGAGAGGCACUACUCACAUAUAAGGACGACUGUGAUGCCUCCCACAUGGCCUCAUCUUUUACUUACUGUGACAUCAUUUAGACUGGAAAGAAGCCAUAUGAAUGUAAACAGUGUACAAGAUCUUUCAGCUGUUGCUCUAAGCUUGUACACCAGAGACACACUGGAGAAAAGCCCUAUGAAUGUACUUGAUGUGGAAAGUCUUUCAGGCAGAGCUAUGACCUUGUAGUACACCAGAAAACUCACAUGGGAGAAAAACCCAACGAAUGUAAUCAAUGUGGAAAAUCCUUCAUCCAGAGUUCCAAACUCAUUAGGCAUCAAUGAACUCACACUGGAGAAAAACCAUAUACAUGUCGUGAAUGUGGAAAAUCUUUCAGGUGGAACUCUAACCUUUUGGUACAUCAAAUAAUUCACACUGUUAAAACUUAUGAGUACGCUCAUUGUGGAAAGUCUUUCAGUCAGAGCUGUGACUUUGUCACACAUAAAUGGACUCACACGGAGAGAAAUCCUAUGAAUAUGAAUAUAGUGUGGUAAAUCCUUCAUUUGAAGCACUCAACUUACUAGGCAUCUGUGAAU